AUGGCUGGGCAGAUGCAACUCGACAUGAGCAAUGCUCAAAUGGUACGGGACGAGAAUGGACGACCGUUCAUCAUUGUUCGAGACCAGGGGAAGAAGAAACGACAACACGGAACGGAAGCUGUCAAGUCUCAUAUCUUGGCCGCAAAAACCGUAGCAAACAUUGUCAAGUCUUCUUUGGGACCAAGAGGGCUCGACAAGAUUUUAAUAUCCCCCGAUGGCGACAUUACUGUUACGAACGACGGUGCGACGAUCUUGGGACAGAUGGAAAUUGAAAACCACGUAGCCAAGCUUCUUGUUGAGCUGUCAAAAUCUCAAGACGACGAGAUAGGAGAUGGUACAACUGGUGUCGUUGUUCUUGCCGGAGCUCUCUUAGAGGCCGCGAGUGAUUUGAUCGAUAAGGGCAUCCAUCCCAUAAGGAUCGCAGACGGUUUUGACCAGGCUUGUGACGUUGCCGUGGCUCACCUUGAUAAAAUUUCGGACGUGGUAGAGUUCUCAAAGGACAAUAUGGACAAUCUGUUGAGAGCUGCAAAGACAUCUCUUGGAUCCAAGAUCGUUUCUAAGGCCCAUGACCAAUUCACUAAGAUUGCCGUUGACGCGGUUCUUUCUGUUGCAGACUUGGACCGUAAGGAUGUUGAUUUUGAGCUGAUCAAAGUUGAUGGUAAAGUUGGUGGCUCUCUUGAAGACUCGAUGCUGGUAAAGGGCGUUAUUAUCGAUAAGGACAUGUCACAUCCUCAGAUGCCUAGGGUCAUUCAUGACGCGAAACUUGCUAUCCUGACUUGCGCGUUUGAGCCCCCAAAGCCUAAGACCAAGCAUAAGCUCGAUAUCACCUCCGUCGAUGAGUUUAAGCGUCUUCAGGCCUAUGAGAAGAGCAAGUUUGAGGAAAUGAUAAAGCAGAUUAAGGAUACCGGCGCAAACCUGGUUAUAUGUCAGUGGGGAUUUGAUGAUGAAGCCAACCAUUUGUUGCUUCAGAAUAAGUUGCCCGCUGUUCGAUGGGUCGGUGGACCCGAGAUUGAGUUGAUCGCCAUUGCAACAAACGCUCGGAUUGUUCCACGAUUCGAAGAUCUGACAGCGGAGAAGCUUGGAAAAGCUGGGUUGGUUAGGGAGUUGUCAUUUGGAACUACUAGGGAUCGGAUGUUGGUCAUUGAGGACUGUGCUAAUACACGGGCUGUUACCGUCUUUGUUCGAGGAAGUAACAAAAUGAUCAUCGAUGAGGCCAAGCGUGCUCUACACGAUGCUCUUUGUGUCGUCCGGAACUUGGUUCGUGAUAACCGUGUCGUUUAUGGUGGAGGUGCUGCCGAAAUCUCUUGUUCGCUGGCAGUCGCUGAAGAGGCCGAUAAGACUCCCGGACUGGAACAAUAUGCUAUCCGCGCUUUUGCUCAAGCCCUUGAUGCCAUUCCUAUGGCACUCGCCGAGAACUCUGGUUUGUCUCCCAUUGAAACUUUGGCAUACGUCAAGUCUCGCCAGGCUCGCGAGAACAACUCAAAGUUGGGAGUGGAUUGCAUGCAGAGUGGAAGCAACGACAUGAAGGAACACUUUGUCAUCGAUCCCUUGAUUGGAAAGCGUCAACAGCUUUUGUUAGCCACUCAACUUUGCAGAAUGGUCCUGAAGGUGAACAAUGUUAUCAUCUCAGGCAGCGGUGAGGAUGAGUUUUAA